AUGGAACAGCCAGCAAAGCGUGCUGCUACUCAUCCCUUCCAGCCACAGCCUCAACACGAGAACCCAGAUAUCGCUUCUUUGGCAACCUUGGGUAUGAGAAUUAGAAAAGUCGUCGCUGAUGGUUACUCCGUUUCUCAUGAGGCUUCAUACAAACAUGGUCUUUCCACGCCUCAGCGGUCUUUAACCAGAGUUCCUCUUCCCGGCAACAUCGACACCCCUCCAGCGUUGACAAAGGAGGGGUCUACGUUCCAGUCGGGUUCGAAUGUUUCGGAAUGGGGAGCUCCUUCUAUGCCCGUCAAAACGAUGCCGUUGCAGGGAAACGGUUUCAAGAGGGGAUUUGACGAGGACGAGCCUCGCCAAUGUGGCAUGAACAAACCUUCGUUGGAGCAGUACAACGAAUCAUAUGGUCAAUUACGGUUCGACGAGGAGUUCUAA